CUUGUUUUCCUAAAUUCUAAGAUAUGUUUGUUUGAUUAGUUUUCAAAUAUUUGUUAGACAAUAGCUUUGCUUUUUUUCUUCGCUUCUUUGCAGCCGCAAGCCUAAGCUAAGCAUAAUGUGUGAGAAAGAGGCAAGCGCCAUUAAAUGCUAUCCUUGUGCCAAGUACGAGCGCAUGAAUCCAUUUUAUGUUGGACCAUAUCCGGAUCAGGCUUGCGGCUCAUGCCCCUAUGGCAUAUUCUCGGGCUUUGUGCCCUGCGGUUGGCCAAAUCGUUGUGCUGACAAGAAUAAGCAGCCAAAGGAGUGCGAAGCUAAGGAAACUAAAGACGCUAAGCAGACAAAUGGCGCUAAGGAAACAGCAAGUCCAAAGGAAUGUGAUUAGGCUUAGAGCAAAGAAGCGAGUGUAAAAAUUUUAUAAGCAAAGCAAAGUAAAUAAAAAUUAUAAACAUGAA